AGCAAUGGCGGUCAAUGUCGAGAGAGCCGAGCAGUUUGUGCAACUUAUCAACGAGUCCAUGAGCAAGCUGGUGGUGGUGGACUUUUACUCGCAGACGUGUGCGCCAUGCCGUAUCGUGGACGGGGUGCUGGAGGAGCUAUCGCAGACAUACGGCUCGGUUGGGUUCUACAAGGUGGACGUGCAGCGGUUCGGCGAAGUGGCGGCACAGUGCCAGAUCACGGCAACGCCGACUCUGCAGCUGUUCCGGCGCGGGCGCAAGGUGGGCGAGGUGCGGGGCGCCAGCAAGCCGGCGAUAAUUUCGGCCAUUGACGCGGCACUGCAGGACUCGGCGCCGGCAGCGUCUGCAUACGGCGUACACGGCCACGCCGACAUUACCAGCACGGUUAUUGCGACGCAGAGCGAGUGCCUGAACCAGAACGACGACUUCCCGCUGGCCAACGUGUUCAAGGCCGACGACUCGGUGCUGGAAAGCGAUGUCGACGAGCAGAUGGUUCUGCACGUGGUGUUCAACCAGCCGGUGAAGCUGCACUCGCUGAUGCUGAAAUGCGCCGACGACGUGGGAUUUGACGACGCCGAGCAGGGCAGCGAGACGCAGGCGGUGGAGAUGACUGAGGAGACUUACCAAAAGGGCGGUGUGGUGGGGCUGCGGUUUGUGCGGUUCCAGAAUGUCCACAGUCUGUCGGUGUUCAUUGAGGACAACCUGGGCGGCGGCGACGUCACGGCACUCCAGCAGCUGGCGUUCAUUGGCACGGCAGUCAAUACCGCCAACAUGAGCGACAUCCGCCAGGGCGAGGAGCAUUAG